UUAUUCAUGGUUAUCCCCAAAUUUCAUCACUUUUGAUAUCCCCAAUCAUUUACCAUACCCUCUUGCUCCAUCUCUAAAUUUUAUGUCAUGGGUCAUCAACAGCAUGAUCUUUCACCGAUUCUAACUCAGAAACCUUCGAAUCCCUACGAUCUCAUAAACCGGUACUCGGUAUGGCUCGAAAUCCGUCUCUUCUACGUAAGGAUCGCGCCGUGCGUUGUCGAUAGCGUCCCCGACCACCUCACCCUCUUCCACCUCCGACGCGAGAUCGGUGUCUCCCUCGAAAUCAAUGGCUCUCGUGUCCCGGCCUCUGAUUCCGCCGCCCUUACCCUUCGGCGCGAUCGUCUCAACCGGGAAGCGUUAGAGGUCACUUAUUUGAGCACCGAUAGCGUCCGCGUCACGGGCGGGUUUGAAUUCGAGGCGUACGAGGAUGAGAAGAAGGUGUUGUUGUGUGGGUCGUUGGAAAGGAUGGAAGGAGAGUGGAGCAUGGACUGUUAUCUGGCGGCAGUUGCUACGGAGCCUGGGAAUUCGGCUUUUUUUCAGCCCAAGAUGGGUGUUUCAGCGCCGGGGAUUGAAGUUUAUAUCGCGGGCUGCUGUUCUGGUACGCCUGUGAUAUUGACCAAGAAUAUACUUGUGAGCCCUAAGAAGAAUGGCGUGCCCAGACUUAAAUGGAUGUUGGACGCAAUUCCUGAGGAUGAGGAGCUCGGGAAAGGGGAUGAUAAGGGGGGGAAGGGGUUGAUUAGACAGCGGAAAAUGAAGGUUAUAGAUGCUGAAGUUGAAAAUUAUGUUUCUGAUGGGAAAAUUGGACAUAGUUACCAUGCUGAAGAAAUGUAUGCUGGUGAGGAUGGCCAACUUUCAUGGUUUAAUGCCGGUGUUAGAGUUGGUGUUGGAAUUGGCCUUGGAGUGUGCCUUGGGGUUGGAGUCGGAGUUGGACUGCUAAUGCGAUCGUAUCAAGCAACUACACGGAAUAUCAGGAGGAGGUUUUUCUAAGAUGGAUCUCUUCACCUAUCGGUGCGAUAUGUUUUAUAUAUAAAGGAGAAGGAUAUAUUCCAGGAUUUUGAUAGCAGUCUGGAAAAUAUCAAGUUUGCUGGCCAGAAACUAACGAAAAGCUCCACAAUAGCAACUCAAAACUUAUAAAUGUGAGGUACUGAUGGGUUCUGG